UGUCAAGUAUACGGCGGUGUACAUAGAAAAGCGCCGCGCGCCAGGGCAAGUCGCGGGCGAGGUUACACCAGUGUGUAUAUAUGGGCAUCUCAUCUUCCUGACGUUUUCACUCCUACCAUGAAUUCCUUACCGACUUGGAUAACAACAGUCCUAAUUUUGGCACUGCUUGCGGAUACUAUCAUGGGGCUUAGCGUCAAGGAAAGACGAGAUACGAGGAAUAAUGAGGUUCUUAAAAGCGUCGUCAAAAGGGGAUUUUGGAGCUCGUGUACGAGAGACAGCGACUGCGGCCGGAAUUAUCUGGAGUGUGUAGAGCUGUACUGGACAAGAUUCUUCGGACCUGUAAAAAGAAGAUGCGUGAGAAAACUCUGUUACCAGGACUUUGACUGUAAAGGCAGGCGGUUGAGAUGUGUCGGUGCCAUCAGAGGGGGAGACAUGAGAAAAAAGGGAUACUGUGACAAGAAACGGUUCUGAAAAGAGUCGUCCUCUGUAUAAAAGUGUACAAAAUCUUGACUGAAGAUCAUGCCGUAAUGAAAAGAGAAAUAUCUCGCCACACGAUAUGGUCGUCCGCCAUAUUUUCUGACAGAAUUUCCACUCGCGAAAGACUGGUUUUGGCGGGAACACUGACACGGAUUGAAAAAAAAA